AUGCACAUACUACCCAAUCUCCUAGUAGUAGUAGCGGUUGCUAUUACAGCAGCCCACGCACACUAUACAUUUCCUCGACUCGUUGUCGAUGGAAAGCCAGAGGAAAAGGAUUGGUGGGCCACGCGCGAGACGAAGAAUGCGAAUUCAAAACAAGGGAUUGAGAAUCCCACCGUCGCCGAUAUCCGCUGCUACACAUCCAAAACAGCUGCCAACAUUGUCAGUGUCCCUGCUGGCGCGACAGUCCAUUACAUAUCGACACAGCAGGUUAACCAUCCAGGCCCCACGCAGUACUACCUUGCACGUGUGCCUGCGGGCAGUGAUGUGAAGAGCUGGGAUGGUAGUGGGGCGGUGUGGUUUAGAGUUAGCACGACAAUGCCGAGCGUGGAUGCGCAGAAAAAGAUGUCGUGGCCGGGGCAGAAUGAAUACCGCACACCAAACACCACCAUCCCCGCCGCAACACCCACCGGCGACUACCUCCUGCGUGUCGAGCACAUUGCUCUGCACAUGGCCAUGCAGCCCAACAAGGCGCAAUUCUACCUCGCGUGCUCCCAGGUCAGGAUUACUGCUGGUGGAAGUGGGACUCCAGGGCCGUUAGUAGCGCUGCCAGGUGCGUACAAGAGUACUGAUCCGGGAAUUUUGGUGGAUUUGAACAAGUACACGGGGAAUCCGCAGGACUAUCAGCCUCCGGGGCCAGCUGUGUGGCGGGGGUAG